AUGUCAUCCUACAUGCCUGGAGGUGUCCCUGAGCAAAGUAUCCCACUGAUCUGGAUCCGCUGGAUCCAUCGGCGUUACCGAAUCCAUGAAGGGUCACAAGGCGAGUCGAAAGGACGUUUAGUCUACUUUCAGACCGUGACAGACCCCCGCAACGACGUUUGGUCUAGUUUUCGGGUUGAGGCAGCGGGCGCAUCUGAUUCACCACGCUUGGCCUACAUGACCUGCCGGACGCCGGACCAGGACACCCCGGGGGUGUCGAGAUGGGCGAGAUUUACAGGAAGUAGGCCUAUGAAAGCAGUCAGUCACGCUUCCAAGAACCACAACCGCCACAGAGUGACCAGCAAACGGAAACCCGGCCCCUCUGGCGUGACACGACAGAAUCCUCCAAGACGACAAUAUGUCAAGUCCUGGUUGAGCGGACCAGCAGGCGUCGUCCACCAGAGACAUGGCACCGAUAGCGCUAAUAUCAGCGCAGCCGUUGGCGAUAACAGCACUAACCUCAGCCCAACUCCUCCAAAUCGGAAGUUGGUGCUUAACGUCGUACUUGGCGCUGGACUUGAAGUUCGAUUUUACUUGAAGGCAAAGUGCAACAGCUCGCCCGCGCGUCUCCAAAGGGGAAUCUGUCCUGUCAAACAGCUGGUCAGCAACUUGCGAGCCACGAAACUAAGGCUUGAUCAAGGCGGCAGUUGUCAGCCUCCCAUAUGUAACGAGACCCUACCGGCGUGGGCUGGCCACGAAGGGUACAAAGAGGACGAGCGUGGUGUAGCGAAGUACUACGGGAAGAAACUAUAG